GGGAGCAGGCGGCGGGGCGCCGCGGGGGUGGGAAGGGGGUCGCCCUGGGGCACGCAGAGCCUCAGCUGCCCGCAGCCGCCCCUGGUUUUUGGGCUACUUUUAAGGGAGUUUGUGCCGCCGCCACCCCGUGCGCUCCCCCGGUCCCUUCGCGCGUCUGACGGGUGGGGGCGGCGGGUCCCCCCGUGCCGCCCGGCUCGGCAGGGACCCCGCGGCUGGAGGAGACGGGGCUCCCUCCCUGUGUUAUCCCCUUCAUCGCCAGACGCUUCUCCCUCUUUGUCCGGGUGUUCCCCCCGCUCCUGCCGCUUCCCCGCGGGCGAACAAAGCCUCUGCCCCGGGGGCGCCGGGGACAUCCGUCCGGGGAAGCGGGAGGAGCGGCGGGGGCUCGGCUGUGCUUGGUUCGGUUUUCCAUAGUGAAUAAUCUACCUGGUGGAGGGGAGGACGUGGGACAAGGCUCUUUGUCCGCGAUCCUUUGUUCGGCUGAUGGCUUCGGAAGGCUCCUGCGGCUGUGCGAGGGCUGCCGUGCCCGCGGGGAUGGAUGCGCUCCCGGCGGGGAUGGGUGAUGGGCUCCCGGCGGGGAUGGGUUCCCAGCGGGGAUAGGUGGUGGAUUCCCGGCAAUGAGCCGCCGAUGGAUGGAUGGAUGGACGCCGUCUCGGCAUCGCUGGAGUUUAGCAACAGGAGCCCGGCGUCGCGGAUCGGCUUGCGGACGGAAAUCGGGGCUCUGGGCUCCCUCUCCCCUGACAGAUUCAGAGUCCUGUCCCCCCUGUCACAGGCGGGUGGGAGCCGGCAGUGCCCGCAGCCCCGGUGGUGAGUCCAGCCGGGUAUCAGAGCAUUUCUCGGGAAGAUUCCUGCACCCCAAGGGCAGGAACGGGCUGGAAACUGCGGUCCCCGCUCCCUCUCCUGCUGCCCCAAAGCUGCCUGAGGAAUUUACCCAUGUGCAGAAGUGUAAAUAGACCGUCUGCGCUUACAUAAAGACUCGAGAGAUGGGCUCUCUGCUCCUGCCACCGAGCGCUGGCUUGAUCUCACACGCAUGGCUUUUGUCACCCGUUCCUUUUCCCCGAAUGCUCCUCUUCUCAACCUGUCACCCUGUCACCGCGCCCUGACUCUGCACGUGCCCGAAUCCUCCGUGUCUGCAUCCUCAGGGCAUCUGGGUGAACAUGUUGCCAGUCAGAACAUGGUCAAAAUUUAUCUGGUUCACUCAAAUUAGUGUCAUUUUAACCAUCCUGUAGAAGAGAAAUAUGAUGCCAAACAGAAGUAACCUCUCCUCCUUCCAGAAUGCUGGAUCAGAUUCCAGUAAGAUUAUGGCAGACUAUAGCCACUCACAAAAACAGAUGGAAUUACAAAGUGCUACUUUGGGAAAGGGUUCUGUGGCGAAUUCCCUUGAAAAUGGUCUCCAGGAUAUUAUGGAAAACCUCAACACGAAGAAAUAUUCAUCAACUCUUAAAUUUAAAACAAAUGGGGACUAUGCUGGCUCUUAUUUAACCCUUUCACAGCCUAUGCCAAUUAAACCUAAUCUUUCCACCAGUGUUAAAAAUACACACUCUAUUAACAAAAUUCAAGGAGGCAAGCAGUUCCCCUGUGAAAGCCCAUAUCUUCCAGAUAAAAGCAUCUCUGUCAAGCAUUUGGGUUCCAUAUCAGGCAUGUCUCCAUCCCUCAGUGGGUAUAGUUCAGGAAGGACAGAUUUUGAUAUUCAUGCCAGCAGAGAAAAUGAAAAAUCCCUUGGACCCAUGGAUAAGUUUAAUUACUCAAAGUACAGUCAGAGAAAUAAAUCUUAUGACAACAUCUACUUCCCAGGAAUGCUGGAGUCAAAGAAGAUCUCAGGCUCUCUUCUGACUAUGUGGAAUGGGAGCUCGGGGAACGAGCUGGUGCUUUCACCUUCUAGCAGUUCUGGGGCAGCCAGCAUGCCCUCCAGCCCAAAGCAAGGCAGGAGGAUGAAUGCUGAAAACAGUCACAUAAAGCCAGUGAAGUACAAGGAUGGGAUGAUGGAAACUCUGGCUUCACGGCCUAGGAAAUACUCUGCUGGAUCUCUAAGUCAUAUGGGAAUGUACAGUCGUUCCCUGCCCAGACUUUAUAAAUCAACAGAAAACCAGCUGGUGCCAUUAAGUUUGCCCCCCAGAAGCUCUCUGGGUAACAGUAAAAGGAAAAAACUUGGAGAAAAAGAUCUACCUCAGAAUGCUUUUGAUGCUGAUAAUUACCUGAACUUUUCUUCUUGCAGCUCAGGGGUUUUACCACAUGCCAACUCUGUCUCUGGGAGCAAUCCCUAUGUCAGUUCAGCUCUUAGUGUUCCUCCAAGCCCUCGUGUUGCUAAGAAAAUGCUUUUAGCACCUUCUUCCCCAUAUCUCCCUGAUGAUUUUGAUAGACUUGGACUCUCAGGAACAAGUCCCAGUAGUUCUUUCUCCCCAGUGGAUUUUGACAGGUCGUUCUCUGUGCGAAGAAACCUUUCCACCAGUUCCGUGGAACUGGAUGACCCAGAUCUGGAAAGUUACAGACAGACACCAAAUUCUCUGCAAACAUCCAUGAGGGAGAGGAAGAACAGCAUUAGCUCCAUUUCAGGAAGGGAGGAUCUCAUGGACUACCACAGGAGGCAGAGGGAAGAGCGGCUUCGGGAGCAGGAGAUGGAACGGCUGGAACGGCAGCGGCUUGAGACAAUCCUGAACCUGUGUGCAGAAUACUCCAAAUCUGACAGCGACCCUGCUGCAGCCACUACAGUUGCUGAUGUUCAAAAAAUCAACAAAGAGCUCGAGAAGCUGCAGCUCUCUGAUGAGGAUUCCGUGUUUGAAGAGUCCCAGAUGAAUCUGGAGGGGAGGUUCAGGGGCCACCUGAAAUCGUCGGCGAGCGACUCGGAUUUCUCGGAGCUGAGCGGCCACAGCCGUGGCACUGCUGCUUACCUGCCCCCACGGGGGCUGAGGGCUGAUGAGCCCUUCAGUGAAGGCACCAAGCCUCCUCCUUUUGCUGCUCCCAGCUUCCUGAAGGAUGCCACUGAGUCAUCCUACCUGAGCAUCACACCAAAGAUAUCAGAGUGCAGCAGUGAGGAGCAGAGGAGGCAGGAGCUCGGUCGACUGGAGGAGGAACGCUUGGUAAUCCUGAACAACUUGGAAGAGCUUGAGCAGAAGAUCAAAGAUUUAAAUGACCAGAUGGAUGAAUCCUCAAGAGAGUUGGAUAUGGAAUGUGCCCUUUUGGAUGGGGAACAGAAAUCUGAAACAACAGAGCUGCUGAAAGAGAAGGAGAUAUUGGAUCAUCUAAACAGAAAAAUAGCUGAACUGGAGAGAAAUGUUAUUGGUGAAAAGACAAAGGAAAAAUUAAAACUUGAUGCUGAGAGGGAAAAACUAGAGAGGCUUCAGGAGCUUUACUCGGAGCAGAAGACGCAGCUUGAUAAUUGCCCUGAGUCCAUGAGGGAACAGUUACAGCAGCAGCUGAAGAGGGAUGCUGAUAUUCUGGACAUAGAAAGCAAACACUUUGAAGAUUUAGAAUUUCAGCAGCUUGAACAUGAAAGCAGGUUAGAUGAAGAGAAGGAAAAUCUGACACAACAGCUCCUGCACGAAGUAGCUGAAUAUCAGCGCAGCAUUGUCAGCAGAAAGGAAAAGAUUUCUGCUCUCAAAAAACAAGCCAAUCAUAUUGUCCAACAAGCACAAAGAGAACAAGAUCAUUUUGUAAAAGAGAAAAACAACUUAAUAAUGAUGCUGCAAAGGGAAAAAGAAAAUCUCUGUAAUCUGGAAAAGAAAUAUUCCACACUUUCCGGAGGAAAGGGAUUUCCUGUCAGUCCCAAUAGUCUGAAAGAGGCAUUUCUAAAAAGAAGAAAUACUGUAGCAGUCUGUGGCUUCUCUUAUGGAAUUGCUGAAGUGUACACACUGGGCUAUAUCAGUGUAAGUGAAAUUAGUGAGCUGUAUGGCAAUUCCACGAAUAUAUCCCCUUCCACUCAGACCCCCUCAGAUGUUGAAGCAGUUGCCACUGAGCCUUCCACGGCUGUGCUGACGAGCCAGCCACAAAAUAAAGAGCAUUUCAGAAACCUGGAGGAGCGCAAGAAGCAGCACAGGGAGUGCUCGUACCUGAGCGAUACCUUGCCCCGCAAGAAAUCCGCCCCGUCUGUGUCUCCCCACUUCAGCAGCGCCACGCUGGGGCGCAGCAUCGCGAGCAGGGGACAUUUACCAUUAGGACAGAGCAACAGCUGUGGCAGUGUACUUCCUCACUGCCUGGCAACCAUGGCCAAAGAGUCGGAGUCGAGAAGGAUGCACAAAGGGUACAACCAUCAGCGCAUCUGUGAAAACCAAAGGCAGAAGUCUCCAGAAUUCUACAGCAGAACAGCCUCAGAAUCCAACGUGUAUUUGAACAGUUUCCAUUACCCAGAUCGCAGUUACAAGGACCAUGCCUUUGACACAUUAAGCUUAGACAGUUCUGACAGUAUGGAGACAAGCAUAUCAGCAUGCUCACCAGAUAACAUUUCCAGUGCUAGCACUUCAAACGUUGCAAGAAUAGAGGAGAUGGAGAGACUUCUCAAACAGGCACAUGCUGAAAAGACUCGGCUGCUUGAGACCAGGGAACGGGAGAUGGAAGCGAAGAAACGAGCUCUGGAAGAAGAAAAACGCCGCAGAGAGCAACUGGAGAAAAGACUGGAGGAAGAAACGAGCCAGAGGCAAAAAUUAAUUGAAAAAGAAGUCAAAAUACGUGAGAAACAAAGAGCACAGGCCCGUCCCUUGACUCGCUACUUGCCCGUUAGAAAGGAAGACUUUGACCUAAGGAGUCACAUUGAAACAGCUGGGCACAACAUAGAGACCUGCUACCACAUCUCUCUCACUGAGAAGACCUGCCGAGGCUUCCUGAUUAAAAUGGGAGGAAAAAUUAAAACGUGGAAAAAGCGGUGGUUUGUUUUUGACAGAAACAAGAGAACUUUUACUUAUUAUGCAGACAAACAUGAAACUAAAUUAAAAGGUGUAAUAUAUUUUCAAGCUAUUGAAGAAGUCUAUUAUGAUCAUCUAAAGAAUGCAUAUAAGAGUCCCAACCCCUUGCUGACCUUCAGUGUUAAGACCCACGACCGCAUCUACUACAUGGUUGCUCCUUCCCCAGAAGCCAUGAGGAUAUGGAUGGAUGUCAUUGUGACAGGGGCAGAAGGCUACACCCACUUCAUGUUGUAAUAAAAGGGGAGCAACAGGGCAUCCUGCAAUAACGUAACUAAUGAAGUUAGCCAUAGCUAGUGACAGCUGAAAAGCCAGUGAAUAAUAAAAACCCUGAAAUGUCCUCCUUAUGAUGUGCACCCAAAACCUCAGACUUAGAGGGGGUUACAAAUGCAUUGAAAAGGGGGGGGUUGUUAUCUGUUCUUGUUGAUCUUUAUAGGAAUGAACGAGCUAAAGCUGUUGAGAGAAUCACAGUGCUCUCCAAAGUGGAUAAUCAGGCAAUUUUAAUUACAGCAUCUUGACUGAAUGAUAAGUUUCUACAAAUUCUCUUAUACAAAUUCUCUUUAUGAGAAUGUCUUCAUAAAUUUAUACUGAACAGUUUACAAGUGUGUGUAUUCUCAUUGGUAUGCAAAAAUUCUAGUAGUGAAACAAAAAGAUGUAAUAAGCAUAUAUUUUAAUAUGCAGCAUUUGACAUUUAUAGAUGAUUAGGUGACUUUUUAAAACUUUUAGUCAAGUAUUUUAUAAAAAUACAAACAAAAAAGCAGCCCUAAGGUACACACAGUUCUUGCCUUAGUAGUUAAGUGUUACAACAGAGCCAAAGAGUUACAUGAUUCCCUUACAUUUUCUUAUUGUUACUUGUACUUAACUUUCUGUAAGGGGACAGUGCCAAAACUCUUAAUGACUUUAAAUGUAAUUAAAUUGUUAUAUUCUGUGUGUUCAAACACUUCAUGGCAACAACUGUAUGUUUAAAGUUUGCAUCUAUGGAGCUCAACAAAAAAAAAAAAAAAAAAGGA